CGCCUGCGCCGACAGGCCCCGGUGGCGCAUUUCCCCCCCCAUUAGGCGAAGGUGGCGGUUGAGGCGGAAGGGGGUGGGGCUCUGUGCCCACCGCCACACUGGGCUGAGACGGGCGGAGAAAAGGGGGUCGCUCCGGGCUGGCGGAGACCUCGGAAGAUCUUUAAAGAAGUAUCUUGAACUCCAGUUUUUCAUGAUGACCAGCAGCAUUCCUUCUGAUCCAGUUGGUCGAAGAAUCAUCCGUAAUGGUGAAUAUGGAACUGUGCUCUAUGCUGGCAAAGUGCCUCCUACAACAGGAUUUUGGCUUGGAGUGGAAUGGGACAACCCUGAAAAAGGAAAACAUAAUGGUAGUCAUGAAGGAAUACAAUAUUUCAGAUGCAGGCACCCCACAGGUGGAUCCUUUAUCCGUCCAAGCAAGGCAAAUUUUGGAGUAGAUUUCCUUUCUGCUGUCAAGAAGCAGUAUGGAUUGAAUGAAGAUGAAAAAGAUGCCGAGGGUGGGACAGAAUCAUCAUUAGCGUUUGGAAGCAAGAUUGUAGAAACUGUUGGGUUUGAUUCCAUUAAAGAAAAACAAAUGCAAUUGAAUACAUUAACUGACAUCUCAGUAGACGAAUGUGCAGUAAGCCUUGCUGGUCCAGAAGAAGAAAUCAGAAGAGCAUGCCCCAAUGUCAAGCAAAUAAGUCUAUCGAAAAAUCUUUUGUCUUCUUGGAAGGAAGUGAUAGGCAUUGCAAGCCAAGUUGAAAAUCUAGAAAUACUUAAUCUCAGUCAGAACAAAAUGAAAUUUCCAUCUACUCCACCACCUGCUUCAACAACAUUUUGUAAUCUCAAGACUUUAGCACUUAAUCAAACAGGAGUGACAUGGACAGAGGUUCUUUUAUGUGCUACUGGGUGGCCAGCUCUUGAAGAACUACAUCUUGCUGCCAAUGACAUUUCAAUUUUAAAAAGACCUAUUGAUGUCCUACAUAACUUGAAAUGGUUAAACCUUUCAGACAACCUGUUUACAGAUGAAAAUCAGCUUCUUCUACUUGCAGAUCUCCCAAGAUUAGAAACACUAAUACUUUCAAAUAAUGGAAUUUCUUCCAUACAUUUUCCUGAUGUAGAAUUUGGAUACAAGACCAGAAUGUUCCCUUCUUUAACACAUCUUAUAAUAAAGGACAAUAGAAUAGCAGAAUGGUCCGUUAUCAAUGAACUUGAUAAACUACAAAAGCUUCAAUCUCUAGAUUGCCGGAAUAACCCUUUAAUGGAUAUAGACAAAAACACAGCGACUGUGAAGCAGCUUAUUAUUGCCAAAAUAGGCCAAUUACGCUUUUUGAACAAGUCUGAGAUCACACCUGAGGAAAGAAAAGGAGCAGAACUUGACUACAGGAAAAAAUACGGCAUCGAUUGGUUAAAGGCUGGUGGUAAUCAGGAUCCAAACAAAAACAAUCCAAGUGAGGAAUUCCUUGCUGCUCACCCCAGGUUCCAGUUACUCUGUGAUAAAUAUGGUGCCCCUGAAGAUGGAGAGCUGAAAAGAGAACAGCCCUUCUCACUAAAAAGUCAGCUGUUGGCUUUGACCUUUAAGUGUCCUGACAGACCUGAUCAGAAGCCCAUAGAGAAGAAACUGCCAGAGUCUAUGACUAUCCAGAAGGUUAAAGGAUUGCUGUAUCGGCUACUUAAAAUCCCAGGUUCAGAACUGAAGCUAUCCUACGAAAGUUCUAAAGUAAGCUCAUGUUCAUACAAUACAGAAUACAAUUUGUCACACUGCUACUGUCAACACUGCACUCUAACACUAUUGAAUUAUUUGAUUCCUGUAAAGGACAGUAACCAUAACCAUAAUUUUAGACCUUGUUCGGCUUUCUUUUGAGAGGUAGCAGCUGCUUGAUCUCACAUCUUUUGCCUUUUUAAAAAAGUUCUGCAAGAUUAAAAUAGACUAAUAUCUGGAUCUUUUCUUAUCCUAGAUGAAAGGCAAGGAAUUUGAACUAGACAAUGACCUAAAGCCAUUGCAGUUUUACUCUAUUGAAAAUGAAGACUCCAUACUAGUCCGAUGGUAACUGCUGCCUUCACGUCUUUCAAUAAACAGUUGUAUGCUGCUAGCAAAGCCUCUA